AUGGACACGGAUCCUCAGUUCAUGAAGGCAUCUGGCGUCAGACCUGAACCUCUUGCUGCAUCCAUGCAUUCUGAUUGUUUCAUCAAGAAGGAACAAGAAGCAUGUUUAGAAAACAUCCAGAAACUGACCAGCAGUAUGACCUUCAAUGGAUCAUCCCCAGGUUGCGCCGGGAUGUGGGACAAUAUCACUUGCUGGAAACCAGCUUUGAUCGGUGAAGUCGUGUUUGUCAAAUGCCCAGCUCUCUUCACCGUGGUGAACUUAGAUUACGGCUGGGAUGUGAACAGCAUGGCAUAUGCACAGCCAGGAGAGUUUGAAAUGUUUGAGAAUCCAGAACAACUUCUAGAUGGAUCGGUGGAUUUUAAGUUGGUCAGCAGGAACUGCACCCAGGAGGGCUGGUCUGAGCCAUUCCCACAUUAUUACGAUGCCUGCGGAUUUGACGAGAAUGACACCUCGAUAGGAAACGGCCAGGCUUACUACUAUCUAUCUGUCAAGGCUUUGUAUACAGUUGGCUACAGCACAUCCCUCGUUUCUCUCACCACCGCCAUGGUGAUUCUGUGCCGUUUCAGAAAACUGCAUUGUACCCGGAACUUUAUUCAUAUGAAUCUUUUUGUUUCAUUCAUUCUGCGUGCCAUUUCUGUCUUCAUUAAAGAUGGGAUCCUGUAUGCCGAGCAAGACAGCAACCAUUGCUUUAUCUCGACGGUGGAAUGCAAGGCAGUGAUGGUCUUCUUCCACUACUGUGUGAUGUCCAACUAUUUCUGGCUUUUCAUUGAGGGGCUGUACCUCUUUACGUUACUUGUGGAAACCUUCUUUCCAGAGAGGAGAUAUUUCUACUGGUACACUAUCAUUGGCUGGGGAACUCCAACCAUUUGUGUCACAGUCUGGGCGGUCCUUCGGCUUCACUUCGAUGAUAUUGGCUGUUGGGACAUGAAUGACAACACUGCUUUAUGGUGGGUAAUCAAAGGUCCAGUUGUGGCGUCCAUAAUGAUCAAUUUUUUGCUUUUCGUGGGGAUCAUCAUUAUCUUGGUUCAGAAACUCCAGUCUCCAGACAUUGGAGGCAAUGAAUCCAGCAUCUACUUCAGCUGCGUUCAGAAAUGCUACUGUAAGUCCGAGAGGACUAACCAGCAUUCUUGCAGGAUGGCUGAACUAUCCAUCAUCACCCUGCGGUUGGCCCGGUCCACUUUGUUACUCAUCCCACUCUUUGGGAUUCACUACACAGUGUUUGCCUUUUAUCCAGAGAACGUCAGCAAAAGGGAGCGCUUGGUUUUUGAACUGGGACUCGGCUCCUUCCAGGGUUUUGUGGUUGCUGUGCUCUACUGCUUUUUGAAUGGGGAGGUGCAAUCCGAAAUCAAGAGAAAAUGGCGGAGCUGGAAAGUCAACCGUUAUUUUGCUGUGGAUUUCAAACACCGCCAUCCCUCCCUGGCAAGCAGCGGUGUCAACGGGGGGACUCAACUGUCCAUCUUGAGCAAGAGCAGCUCUCAGAUUCGGAUGUCCAGCGUCAAUGCCGAGAAUUUGGCCACAUGAGCCUGUAAGACCCCGCACCUUGUCCCACCACGCCCUCCCAAAGAGAGAAAGAAUGACGAACCCUACUU